UACUCGUGAAUAAGAAGCGCUUAGAGGAGCGGAGUGUUUUAUUAACCUCUCAUUUUUCAUGCUGACCCAUUCAUAUAUACAUGAAGUCAUGAGUAGUGAGGGUAUCGGAAAUUGUGUAAAAGUUGUAAAAUUUUCUACAUGAUGAGAUAAUGGCCUCUCAUAAUCAUCAUGAUCAAGAUUUCGAAACAAGUGCUAAUCCUUCUUAUUCUACUCCAAAACUUUCUUUAUCUAAACUCCCAAACAAGCCAAUUAGAAACAACAAUAAUAAUAAUCCACUACUAGCUGCAUACACUACUCCACCAUUUCAUCCAACAGUUACAAUUCCAUUUCAAUGGGAAGAAGUACCAGGAAAACCAAAAGUUACAAAGUCCAAAACGGCAAGGUGUCUAGAUUUGCCACCAAGGUUAACGUCGUUGUUGAAUGAAGCAGGUAAAAUUACGAGUACACCCUCGCCAACGACCGUGCUAGACGGGCCUUACGUGGGCAGAUCUUUUUCGUCGAUUAAUGAAGCAGCUAUUGAGAAGAAAGAAGAGAUCAUCAUAAGUAGUAAUAAUAAGGAGAAUAUGAUGAUGAGAUCAUGGAGAUGGGAAAGCUUUAGGGAGGAUAAUAGAGGAAUUGUUGUCAAGGGUAAUUUCGACUUUUCUCGUCCUCUUAAUAGUACUACUUCAAGUGCUUAUGAUUUUAAUACACAUCAAAGGAAAUUCUUAAGGAAAGGGAGCUUCUUCAAUUUCUCUCGUAACAAUUCCAAUCUCUUGGGAGGAAUUUACGAAAGCUUUAAGGAGGCGGUCCCAUGGAGAUGGAGACGGCCAAAAAACAAAAGAGCUAUCUGAGCUAUAUAUACGAACAAGGCCAUUUUAUAUAAUUUUCCACUUUUAAUUAACAUGGAUUAAUUAUAAAUUGAGUCAAUUAAUUAUAAUGACUUUGAUGAUUAUGUAUGUUAGUGUGUGUAUAUAUAGUUCAUGGAAUUACUAAUCUGUAUUUUGGUGCAAUAAUGUACUUGCAACUUAAUUAUGUAUA